AUGAAGAUCGUUUACAUCGGAAUUCUCCAAAAUGGCCAGGCUCCCGCGGUGGAGCUCUGCGCUGAGCGCGAGCUGAGCAGCUACUCGCGCUUCACCAGGGGCAGCGUCAGCGAGUUCAUGACCAUGUUCAGCAAAACCGUCGCCGAACGCACGAAACAAGGCCAACGGCAAGAUAUCCAAGAACAAGACUUCACAUUCCACGUUUACGCGCGCACCCAAGGUAUCGCCGGUGUAAUCAUCAGCGAUAACGAGUACCCUUCACUCGCCGCUCACCAGGUCCUCUCCAAGACCCUUGACGAAUUUCUCACGCUCCACCCGAACGCCGGUGUUUCACGGGAACCGAUCUCCUUCCCCUCCCUCAAGACCUACAUCCAGGCCUACCAAGAUCCCCACCAGGUGGAUAGCAUCCUCAAGAUCCAGAAAGAACUGGACGAGACCAAGAUCGUACUUCACAAGACUAUCGAGAGCGUUCUCGAGCGCGGCGAGAAGAUCGAUGACUUGGUAUCCAAGUCGGAGGGUCUGAGUGCGCAGUCGAAGAUGUUCUACACCUCAGCCAAAAAGCAGAACUCCUGCUGUGUGAUCAUGUGA